AUGGGAUACGCGGCCGAAAUUCCGCGCAAGUUCACCGUCUUCAGUCUGUUUGCCAUCGGCUAUGAGAUUUGCGUAUCACCAAUUGCGCUGAUCGUCUCGUUGGGUGUGAGCAUAGGCAGUGGCGGGCAGGCAACCCUGAUCUGGGGCCAAUUCCUCAUUUACUUUAUGGCAUUCUGUGUUGCUGUCAGUUUGGCCGAGCUUGCUUCGGCGUAUCCGAAUGCCGGGGGGCAAUACUACUGGGCAGCUAUGCUUGCUCCGAAAUCUAUUCGGCGAGGAACUUCCUUCGUGGUCGGAUAUCUCAGCUGGGCGUCUGCUGUGUUCGGGUGCGCCUCGUCGCUGAUUGCCUCGGCCGAGAUGGCUGUGGCAUUGUAUCAGCUCAAACAUCCUGGCAGUCCGGCACCGACUUGGGCGGUCUUUCUCACAUACCAGGCUUUCAAUAUUGUCAUGUUCUUCUUCAAUUGUUGGGAAACUAUAGUCACGAAAUCCAGUCGCAUGUGGCUCACGAUCUCCGUUCUCUCCCCGCUCGUCAUCGUCAUUGCUGUCCUCGCACGAACGGAGACAAAACAGCCCGCCGAGUUCGUGUUCACGGGUUUUACGAAUUUAACGGGCUGGAGUGAUGGCAUCGCUUUUGUGACGGGACUCUUGGGAGUGAAUUGGGGAUUUUCGGCCCUCGAUGCAGUGACACAUAUGUCCGAAGAGAUCCCCGAUCCUCGACGAAAUGUGCCCAAGGCACUAAUGGCUACGAUCUUUGUCGGAGCUGUGUUGGCCUGGCCAACGGCAAUAGUGAUGAUGUUCUGCGUUCAGGAUAUUGAAAAGGUCCUCAAAACCGAGACCGGACUGCCCUCUCUCGAGCUUUUCCUUCAGGUCUUCCAGGGACACAAGGCAGGCCCAAUUGCUCUUCAAACUUUACUCCUGGUAGCAUCCUUGGGUGCUGUCUUCGGGAUCCAAACCUGGCAGACUCGCCUAGCCUGGUCCAUCGCCCGUGAUGGCGGCUUCCCAUUAUCCAAAUACAUCAAGAAGAUCGCACCGGCCCCCUACGAAGUCCCCUUCUGGGCACACUUAUGGUCCUCGCUAUUCGUCGCCUUGCUCGGCUGUCUAUACCUCGGCUCAAGCAUUGCAUUUAACUCAUUCGUCGGCGGAGGCAUUCUUAUGCAAUAUGUCGCCUACUCGAUAUGCAUUGUGCUGCUACUCUGUCGUGGACGGUCAAGUAUUCCACACGGCCCGUUCUGGUUAGGCACACUUGGUUUGUUCUGCAAUAUUUUGACUCUGGUUUGGACGGCGUUCACAUUAGUGUUUUACUCGUUCCCGCCGUAUUUGCCUACUUCACCGACUACGAUGAACUAUGUCUCUGUUGUGGUAGUGGGCUUUGCGCUGAUUUUCUCAGCGUAUUAUUGGACUUUUGGUCGGAAGAGUUUCAUGGGACCACCGGAUGUGGAGUGA